UCAGUUAUCCCGUUUGAAAAGCCUCCCGUUGAAGUUGGUAGGCUAGUCAUUGGGCUGUUUCUUGUGUUCCCAGUGAGAGUGUGACCCGCCCUCUGCACCUGGAACGGGAAAACCACUCAUGAAAACCCAAUUAAUCUCCACUGUGGCCUUGGGGGAAUAGAAAUAUGUUUAAGAAUAUUAACUUUGACGCCUCCUUCACUUCUCUCCCUUUCCUCUCGUUCUCAUAAGUAAGACUGACUGACUGUGUGACUUGAGCGAGGAAGUAAUUGUUCGUUUCACCAAGGACGAAGAAGGAGAAGAACUCGGGUGAUAAAGAAGGGAAAUAUAAGAGAAAGGAAAGCCAGGGAGAGAAGAAACGAAGGAAUAAAGGAGAAAGAAGGGAAUAUAAGAGAAAGGAAAGCCAGGGAGAGAAGAAACGAAGGAAUAAAGGAGAAAGAAGGGAAUAUAAGAGAAAGGAAAGCCAGGGAGAGAAGAAACGAAGGAAUAAAGGAGAAAGAAGGGAAUAUAAGAGAAAGGAAAGCCAGGGAGAAAAGAAACGAAGGAAUAAAGGAGAAAGAAGGGAAUAUAAGAGAGAGGAAAGUCAGGGAGAGAAGAAACGAAGGAAUAAAGGAGAAAGAAGGGAAUAUAAGAGAGAGGAAAGCCAGGGAGAGAAGAAACGAAGGAAUAAAGAAGAAAGAAGGACAUAAUCAACUCUCUCCUCCUCUCUCCCUCUCUCCUCUCCCUCCUUCUCUCUCCCUCAAGGAUAAGAGAAGUGAGAGAGAGUUACAAGGAUCUCAGUGCUGGGAAAUUUGAGAAAGAGAGAGAUAGAGAGGAGUUUCAAGAAGAGAUAGAACAAGAAACAGAGAAAGAGGAAUAAAGAGGAGGAAGAGAAAUUUCAAGAGGACAUUUAACAAGAAACGAAGAGGGAAAGAGAAAAAUGAGGAAGGAGAGUUAGUAGAUAAACGGAGAAUUACAGAGAGAGAGAGAGAGAGAGAGAGAGAGAGAGAGAGAGAGAGAGAGAGAGAGAGAGAGAGAGAGAGAGAGAGAGAGAGAGGAGUAACAAAAAGACAUAGAAAAAGACAAGAGGCACAAGAGUAAGCAAGAGGAGUAAGAGUAUUUUCAAGAGGACAUAAAAACAAAAAUAACGGAGACAAAAAAGAAGAGAGGGAAGGAGAAGAGGAAGAGGAAUAACAAGAACACAAAUUAACAAGAAUCGAAAAGGAUAAAGAGGAAGAAAGAGGAAGAGAGAGCGGAAUUUCAAGAGGACAUAAACCAAGGAACGAAGAAGAAAAUAAGGAAAAAGAGAGAAAAGUGAAGAGGAGAAAAAGGAAUAACAAGGAAACAGAACAAGAAACGAAGAGGCAGAAAGAGGAAGAAAAAGAAGAGGAAGAGGAGUUGCAAGAGGACAGAAAACAAAAAAAUAAAGAGGAAAAUAAGAAAGAGGGGAAUAGCAAAAGAGGAAGAAGAAGGAUUAACAAAAACACAUCAACAAGAAUCAAAGAAGAGGAAGAGGAAGACAGAGGAAGAGGAAGAGUUUUAAGAGGACGUAGACCAAAAAAAAAAAAGAAGAAAAAGGUGAAAAGGAAAAAGAGCGAUAACAAGAGGACGUCGAAAUAACAAACGAAGAAGAGGAAGAGGAAGAAAGAAAGAGAAAGAGUAAGAGGAGUUUCAAGAGGCAUGGCGCACCUCUUUCCUCUUGGCUGGCUUCUGCUCCUCUUGAUCGUCGCCUCGGAGUCCCAAACGGCUGCCAUCGCUGUUAAACCAGGCACCGGGAAUCUCAGCAUUCUUGAAGGCCUUGACAUCGCCCUCAGUCGCCUUGCCAGCUCCUUAGACAGACUCAGAGCCUUCUUAGCCACUCUCUCCUCCUCCUCCUCCUCCUCCUCCUCUUCCACUACCUCCUCUUCUUCGUCCUCUCCAUCCUCCUUUCCUUCUUCUUCCUCCUCCACGUCUUCUUCUUCCCCAUCCUCCUUUCUCUCUUCCUCUACUUUAUCUUCAUCUUCUCCUUCCUCAGUUUCUUCCUCCUCUUCUUCGUCCUCUCCUUCACCCUUUCCCUCCUUCUCUUCUUCAUCUAUUUCCUCCACCUCCUCCUCCUCCUCCUCCUCCUCGCCAGCCUCGUUUUCUUCUUCACCUUUUACCACUUUAUCCUCCUCCUCCUCCUCCUCCUCCUCCUCCUCUUCCUCCUCCUCUCCUUCCUCUUCUUCCUUUUCCUCCUCUUCUCCUCAAUCCAGUUCCUCCACAUCUUCCUCUCCUUCCACUUCUUCCAUCUUACCGUUGUCAUCCUCCUCCACUUCUUUCUUUCCAUCCACUUUUUCUUCUUCUUCCUCUUCUUCUCUUCCUUCUUCUACCUCCUCUUCCUCCUCAUCCCCAUUCACUUCCUCCUCUUCUUCCACCUUUCCCUCCUCCUUUUCCACUUCCUCUCCCUCUUCUUCCUCUUCCCCUUCCUUUUCAUCCCCAUCCACCUCCUUCUCUUCCACUUCAUCCUCCUCCUCUUCCAUCUUUCCCUCCUCCUUUUCCACUUCCUCUCCCUCUUCUUCCUCUUCCUCUUCUACAGAUGGAUUCAUAUAUUCCACAAAUGCGUCCACCACUAACUCCACCACCUCUUCCUCUUCUUCUUCCUCUUCCUAUUCCUCAGCUCCUUUUCCCUUAACUUCCAUUCCCGCGGUUACUACUAAUACCACGACGCACAUUCCAUCUACAACUAAGUCUACUGCUUCAUCUACUACUACUACUACUACUACUACUACUGCGCCUUCUGUGACUGUUUCUUCCUCUACUAUUCCUGCCUCAACAACAAGAGCUACUACUACUACUACUACUACGUCACCAACUACUACUCAUACUACUACUGCUGCUACUUCUCCUACUAUUUCUGCUAUCACUACUACACCUACUUCAAUAACAACUACUACUACUGAUGCUACUACUAUUACUACUACUACUCCUACUGAGACUUCAACUACUACUACUACUACUACUACCACGCCAGAUACUACUACCACUACUACUACUACUGCUGCUGCUAUAACUACUGUUCCUACUACAACCACUGCUACACCAGGUACUACUACUACUACAACUACUACUACUAUCCCGGUAACUCCUGCUUCUACUUCUACUACUGCUACGACUACUAACACUAUUCCGCUAACUACCCCUCCUCCUCCUCCUACUACUACUACUACUGCUACAACUGCUACUAUCUCUACUACUGAUAUGCCUACUACUACGACUACAGCUGAUACUACUACUACUACUAUUCCCACUACUACUACUACCACUACAUCUACUACUUUGCCUUCCACUACCUUUUCCACCACCACCACCACUAUACCACUAACUACAUCCACUACUCUUGCUACGACUACACAGCCAACUACUACUACUACUACUACUACUACUACUACUACUACUCCUACUACUGCUGCUACUACUACCCCCUCCAGUUUACCUACUACUACUACUACCACUAUUCUUUCUACGACUAUUCUACCUACUACUACCACUACUCCUACUACUACUCCUGCUACUACUACUACUCCUACUACUACUACUACUGCUACUACUGCAUCUACCAACACCAUCCUCAUCAAUUCUUCACUAUCAUCAGUAUUAUUACCUCUUUCUGCUACUACUACUACUUAUAAUACUACACCAUCAUCAUCACCAUCAUCAUCAUCAUCAUCAUCAUUAUUACCUGUUUCUUCUACUACGGUCACUAUCACUACUACCACACCAUCACCAUCAUCAUCAUCACCAGUCAACACCACAAUGAACACCACGUCUACUACCACAACACCAUUUUCCUCCACCACCACAAUCACCACCUCACCACUAGACGCCACUUAUGAGUCACUUACAUCUACUUACACCACUACCAACACCAGCACUGCCCCCUCUCUCGUCAUCACUACCACUGACACAUCACUUACGAAUACUACAGCUACUACUAACACCACCACUACUAACACCAUUGCUACUACUACUACUGCUACUACUACUACUUUCAAUACCACAAACCUCACCACAGACACCACAUCAGCUACCACUAGAGUCAUCACCAAUUUUCCAUCACCAUUCAUCACCAGUUACAAUGCGUCGGUCACCACCAACACCACCACCACCAGCAACAACACCAACAACACCCCCACCACCACCAGCACUACCACUACCACCACCACUACCAACAACAACACCACCACCAACAGCACCAGCACCAACAACAACACCACCAACAACACCACCACCACCAAUACCACCACCACCACCACCACCACCACUACCAACAACAACAAUACCACCACCAACAGCACCAGCACCAACAACAACACCACCAACAACACCACCAAUACCACCACCACCACCACUGCCAACAACAACAAUACCACCACCAACAGCACCAGCACCAACAACAACACCACCACCACCAAUACCACCACCACCACCAACAACAACAACAACAACAACAAUGCCACCACCAUCAACAACAACGCCAACAACAACACCACCACCACCAAUACCACCACCACCACCACCACCAUUACCAACAACAACAAUACCACCACCAACAACACCAGCACCACCAACAUCACCACGUCGACAACCACACCAGUAACCACCAUCAUUGCCCCUACUACUUCAGCUACCACUACUACCACCACUACUACUACUGCUGCUACUACCACCAUCCCUACCACUACUACCUCUGCAACCACUCCAACAACCACCACUACCAUUUCUCCCCCUACUACUUCAACCACUAUAACUACUCCUUCUACUACUACUACUUCAACAACCACUACUGCAACUACUACAACUCCCCCUACUACCACAACCUCUGCAACCACUCCAACAACCACCACUACCACUACUACACCUACUACUUCAACCACUACUAAUACUACCCCCACUACAGCUGUCCCUACUACCACUACCUCUGCAAUCACUCCUACAAUAACCACUACUACUCCUACUACCUCUACUACUACUACCCCUACUACUACUACUACUUCAACAACUUUCCCUACUACCGCCACUAUUACUUCUACCACCACUACCACAACCCAACGGAGCAAGAACGUCGCUGCCAACAGUGGACAUACAGGCGAAGAGGGAAAGACAUUCGGUGGAGGACACGAAGAAGGACGCUCUGGUGGGUUCGGCGACCGGACGGCGAGGUUCGGCGACCACACCUUCAGAAGACGCAGACAGGCGGAGAACGAGAACGGAGACCACGAAAGAAGAAGAAGAAGUGAAGAAAGUGCCAAUGGACAAGCUCAGAGCGAUAACGAGAACGUGGAAAGGAUUAAGAACGAACGAGAUGGGGAAUUGAAGAACGGCACUGCAUGGUGGAUGAGACUCAACUCUUCUUUGUCAUCCAUACGUCUGAUCAUGCUUGAGGUGGAUGUAUCAGCCGUAAAACCCAUCCAAGUCAACCAGCUGAUGAAGGCUGCCGACACGAUAGACUCCUUGGUGGAUGAGGGCUCUGCUGUGCUUCAAGGGGAGGGUCUGAACCCACAAGAGCUGCGUGAGGCGAGGGAAAGAGUGUUGGAUCUGACUCAAGUGGUUUCGAAUGCUACUCUUCUUGUGCAAGCCGCCAUCAUGAAUGCUAAGUCUUGGCAGGUCGGGGUGCUGGCAGGGGUGUGUGGGGUGCUGGGGGCCUGCGUGGUGGUGGUGGUGGUGGCCCUUGCCCUUCGAAGACCCUGCAGGACUCGUCGAGGUACCCUGCACAUCACCCCUCUGUCAGGAAGGUGUCUGAGACGGUCGAAGGAACCCACCCACGUAUACUUGGACAACGAAUCAACGGUCAGCACCAAAUCCUUCGUAAGACACGCCUGGCUAACGCUGAGAAGAGGUCACCAUAUGAACUCAGUUUCCAGCCCACUCAACAGCUCACUCAACAACCCACUCGGCAACCCACUCCACCAGCACCCAAGACGCCCAAUGAUCCCUCUCACCUGCUUCAGUCCCCCCUCUCUCAGCAGCAUCCCUCUCGCCCUCUCUCCCCUGCACUCCGAGGAUGAUGGCAAGGAGUGAGUGGGAGAUGAUAGAGAUGGGAUGCUGCGAUGAUGAUGUUGAUGAUGUUGUUUUGAUUGUUAGUCGUUUUUUUUUGGCUUUUUUUAUUUGGUUAGUGUUUUUUUUUUUAUGAGUUUGUUUGCCUUCAUUUUUUUUUUGUUUUUGUUUUUUAUUAGUAAAAGAUAAAAUAUUUUCUUAUUUUAGCGUGUUAUUUUUUUGUGUAGUGAAAUUGUUAUAAUAUGUUUAUCUUUAGUUGUUGUUGAUGUUAUUAUUAUUAUUAUUAUUAUUAUUAUUAUUAUUAGUAGUAGUAGUAGUAGUAGUAGUAGUAGUAGUAGUAGGAGUAGUAAUAGUAGCAGUAGUAGUAGUAGUAGUAGGAGUGGAGAUGGUGUUAGUAGUAGUAGAAACAAUAGCAGUAGUAUUAGCAGCGAAAUGGCAGAAGAAGAAGAAGAAGAAGAAGAAGAAGAAGAAGAAGAAGAAAAAGAAGAAGAAGCAGAAGAUGAAAAAGAAGAAGAUGAAGAAGAAGAAGAAGAAGAAGAAGAAGAAGAAGACGAAGAUAAAGUCGAUGGCUUAGAAAGAAUGAAUUUAAGAGGCCUAUUUUUUUUUUUUUGAGAGAGAGAGAGAGAGAGAGAGAGAGAGAGAGAGAGAGAGAGAGAGAGAGAGAGAGAGAGAGAGAGAGAGAGAGAGAGAGAGAGAGAGA